AUGCAGAACGUUGUGAUGGUGCUGCUGGCAUCGCUACUGCUAUCCACGGUUAGCCAACGAGUGUUAGCCGAGCAGCAGGAACAGAUAACGGUCGAUGAGAAUCGCAUCAAUUACGACAUCUACGUGACGCCGGUGAUGCUGCCCACCGCGUUUGCCGCUCCGAACCGGUUUCGAGCGAAAAAUCCUUUGCUGGCGUGGCUGUCCACCGUGCUGUAUUAUCGACCGUCUGCCGGUUCUGCUUCGUCCGAUACCAUGAUCGGUGCUUUCGGCAAACCCUCACCGACGCGUGAAUGCUCGAGCUGCACUUGUGGCAGGGGAAAGACGAGCUCCCGGAUUGUCGGUGGUGAUGCGGCCGAUGUGAAGGAGUUCCCCUGGAUGGCGAUGCUGCUGUACCGAGGGACGUUCUACUGUGGCGGCUCACUGAUCAACGAUCGCUACAUCCUUACGGCGGCUCACUGCGUGCUGAGCUUCAUACCGAUCCAGCUGCAAGCCAAGCUGUACGAUGUCGAGCAGGCCGAGAUGGUAACCAGGGCGGUCGCUUGGUUGCAGGGUCACGAGCGCUUCAAUCUCGAUACCUUCAACAACGAUAUCGCGCUGGUGAAGCUCCAGCAACCGGUCGAAGCCGGCAGUAGCUUCAUUCCGGCCUGCUUGCCGACGGCCGGGCGGGGUUAUGCCAGCCAGAACGGAACCGUCAUCGGUUGGGGUAAGCUAGGCAAUGGGAGCCUCGCGCACGGACUGCAGAAGGUCGUGGUACCAAUCAUCAGUAAUGCCCAGUGCCGCAAGACCAACUACCGGUCGUCGAGGAUCACGGACAACAUGCUUUGCGCUGGCUACGCAGACGGAGGACACGAUGCCUGUCAGGGUGAUAGCGGUGGACCCCUGCACGUCGGCGAUAGCAAUAUCCGCGAACUCGUCGGAAUCGUUUCGUGGGGCGAGGGAUGCGCGCGGCCCAACUACCCUGGCGUCUACACGCGGGUGUCGCGCUACCUUUCCUGGAUCAAGGCAAACACCCGUGAUGCAUGCAGCUGCGAGCGAACGGCAAGUUUGCUGAUCGAUCCGGAUGGGUUUGUCGGGAAGGCACCGCUGCUGAAUAGUGGUGCCUGGACGUGGAUCACCACCAUGUUCGGUAUGCCGAUCUUCAGUGUGUUUGCGUACCGGGCCGCACCGCGCAAUUGUCCAUCCUGUUCUUGCGGGACGAACGGGAACAACUCGAAGAUCGUCGGUGGAGAGGAGGCCGGGAUCGGUCAGUACCCGUGGAUGGUGGCCCUGUACUACAGCAAUCGGUUCAUCUGCGGUGGUACGCUGAUCAACGAUCGCUACGUCCUGACGGCCGCGCACUGCGUGUUCGGUAGCGAUCGAUCGCGGUUCCGGGUGAAGUUCCUGAUGCACGAUCGGCUCGUCCCGAAGGAGGACUCGUUCGAGCGGAAGGUGUCCUACAUCAUGACCAACUGGUUCGUCAACGUGCUCGUCUUCAUCACGAACGAUGUGGCGCUGCUGAAGCUGAGCGAACCGGUCCCGCUCGGCGACACCAUCACGCCCAUCUGUCUGCCACCGGAAGGCGAUAGCUACGCCGGGAAAGAGGGUAUCGUGACGGGGUGGGGAAAGCGGGGUGAUGGUUCGUUCCCGAUGCAGCUGCAGGAGGUCCACGUGCCGAUCCUGGCGAACGAGGAGUGCCACAAUCAGACGCAGUACUUCCGCUUCCAGAUCAACGAUCGCAUGAUUUGCGCCGGCUAUAAAGAUGGCCAAAAGGAUUCCUGUCAGGGCGAUAGCGGUGGACCACUGCACGUGUACGAUCCCGAUGCGAACCGGUACGUGAUCGCGGGUGUCGUCUCGUGGGGUUUCGGUUGCGCCCAGCCCGGAUUCCCCGGUAUUUACGCCCGAGUCAAUCGCUUCAUUUCGUGGAUCAACUUUAACACGCGCGACGCUUGUCUGUGCCACUGA